CUUGUCUCUUCCUUGACUCUCUCGCCCCAACCCUAUUCCCCUCCGCCUCAAUGCUUCUUCUUCCUCCUCCUCCUCCUCCUCCUCCUCCUCCCUCUCCAGGAUUUCCCGCAUUGUGGACCCGGCAUACUCGCUGCGUGGCCAAACGGCCGCCGUCUCAUUGGCCGCUGCUAAAGUGUCGGGAGUCUGGACCCCUAUUUUCGAGAUUGGCGUUGGGACAGCGGAGCCUCGUUUGGUGCUAUGGCUUGAUUAGGCCAAGACAACGGACCCUACCAAGUUAAAUCUGUCCCCCAGAGGCCGAAGAUUUUUCCACUUCUCUUCUCCUUCACAGCUUUAACCAGUGUCGAUUCCGCCAUUGGAGCCCAUUGUCAGCUUCUCUAGAUUUCAUUUCCUUCUCGCACACAGCUAGGAUCCAUCAUGGCGGUCCGGCAGCGCACCUACUCGACCACCGCUACUAUGGUGGUCGAGAAGCCCGAGUUCACAACCUCAGAACCCGUUUUCCCCGACAUCAAGACCAUCAAGGAUGCUAUCCCCGCCCAUUGCUUCCAGCCGUCGCUGGUCACCUCGUACUACUACGUCUUCCGCGACCUGACCAUGGUCUCGGCCCUCGUCUGGGCUGCCCUCACCUUCAUCCCCUCCAUCCCCGACCCGUACCUCCGCGUCACCGCCUGGAUGGUCUACGGCUUCGUCCAGGGCCUCAUCUGCACCGGCAUCUGGAUCCUGGGCCACGAGUGCGGCCACGGCGCCUUCUCCCUGCACAACAAGGUCAACAACAUCACCGGCUGGGCCCUGCACAGCUUCCUCCUGGUGCCCUUCUUCUCGUGGAAGUUCUCGCACCACCGCCACCACCUCUACCACGGCCACAUGGAGAAGGACAUGGCCUUUGUCCCCGCCACCGCCCCCAAGACGUCCCGCCAGACCCUGUUCGCCGGCAUUGGCCUCGAGGAGCUCUUUGACGACACGCCCAUCUCGCAGAUGCUGCGCCUCAUCGGCCACCAGCUCUUCGGCUGGCAGAUCUACCUGCUCUUCAAUGCCACCUCGGGCAAGGGCUCCCAGCAGCGCGAGACCAAGGGCCUCGCCAAGUGGUUCCGCGUCAGCCACUUCGACCCCACCAGCGCCGUGUUCCGUCCCAGCGAGGCCAUCUUCAUCUUCCUCUCCGACGUCGGCCUGGCCAUCAUGGGCACCGUGCUGUACUUUGUCGCCCAGAAGAUUGGCGGCCUCAACACCUUCCUCCUCUACGGCGUGCCUUACAUCUGGGUUCACCACUGGCUCGUGGCCAUCACCUAUCUGCACCACCACCACUCCGAGGUCCCUCACUACACUCCCGAGGGCUGGUCCUACGUCAAGGGUGCCCUGGCUACCGUUGACCGGGAGUUCGGCUUCAUUGGCAAGCACCUCUUCCACGGCAUCAUCGAGAAGCACGUCAUCCACCACCUCUUCCCUCGCAUCCCCUUCUACAAGGCUGAUGAGGCUACCGAGGCUGUCAUGCCCGUGAUUGGCAAGCACUACGUCCGAGACGACCGUAACUUCCUCGGCCAGCUCUGGUCCGUCUUCGGCACGCUCAAGUAUGUUGAGCAUGACCCCGCUCGCCCGGGUGCCAUGCGCUGGGCGAAGUAAAGGGCUCAUAGACGAGUCCAGCACCGGAGAAAAGAUUUAGACGAACUUUGAUAGAACGUGAUAGAACUAGAAUAGAGAAGACCUAGACAUCUAUGAAGCGACAUUUUCUCUG